AUGAAAAAAACAAAACUUUUCAACGAUGUUUUAUUCAAAAACAAUUCAGUAAUUAGAAGAAUAAAAUCUUCAAUUGUUUCUACAAAAUAAAUAGUUAAUUUUAAUGGAUAUAUUACAAGUGGUCCUCUGUUAUAGAAUAAGUAGCUUAUGAGAGUUCGCGGUAAACAUUUUUUAGUCGCGAUAUCAUUAGCCUUUCUUUUGAUUAACUUUAUUUACUCACAUUAGAGUCUGUUAAUAUCUUUUAUAGGCAAUGACAUUGUCUCACCUACAUUUAGGAGUAUUGAUAUAGGAUCUUUUUCGCUAUAUUGUAAUAUGUCUAAUAUUUUAAUUCCUUUAUUACUUGGCUACUUAAGUGACUAUAUAUCAAUUGGGUACCUUUUAAUGAUCACAUUAAUUGCAAAUUUUUUCUCAAACAUAAUUCUUUCUAUCUUUUUAAUAUAUGGCGGAGUUCAGUAAUACCUAUUGAUGUAAAUCCUUUGGCAAAUUGCUAAUGAAGGUAUUCAAAAUGCUUGCUUUAAUUUGCUCUACGAAUAUUCAAAUAUUACAAAAUAACAAACUAUUUAUUACUCGAUAUUUACUAUUGUGGGAUAUUGCAUUCCUAGGUCUAUUCCUUUAAUUUCUGAUUUAUUUCUAAGCUAAUAAAAUACAGAUUACAUAGAAUAAACAAUAAACCAUAAAAACUAUUAUGCCUAUUUUUACAUUGUUCUUAAUGUAAUCUCCACAUCAUUUUUGAUGUAUGUUGUCAGAAAAAAUGACAGAAAAGAAUUGGAGGAGUUUCUCCUUGAUAUGAAGUACUUCAUGGUUAGAAUUUCUCCUGCAUAAAAACCUGACUUCUUUUAAGCUGUCAAAAAAAUCAUCAUUCAAAAUAAACCUCUAAUGAAGCAGUUCUUUUAUAGUGCUGUCUUAGUAGGGAUAUCAUCAGUUUUGAUGUCACCAAAAUUCUACUCCAGUGUUCUUCAAAUGAAAAACAUAGAGUUCACUUAUGAGCCCUACAUGUUUUCCAAACUAUGUUAGAUCUCAAGUGGAUUGCUUCUUCUUCCUUUUGGGAAAAAAGUUGAUCAAACUUAAUCUGAGUUAUUCAAGCUAAAAAUUUUUUAAGCGUGUUUCAUAGCUAUAGCUAUUCUUUAUUCAUUAUUGCAAAUACUCAGAUUCAUAGAUAAUUAUUAUGUAGUAACAAUUUACUUAGGAAUAUUUGCAUGUAUAUUAGGGAUAUGCUACUACUUCAACUUUAUGACUAUUAUGGGCACGAUUUACUUAAAAAGCGGAUAUUUAUCCAGAGGAAUGGGAUUCGGAGUAUUUUCAUGCUGUUACAACUUAUCUAAUACAAUCUUUUAAUACAUACUUUACUACUUAGCAUUUGAUAAUAUAUUCAAUUUUUCAAUCAUAUUAUUUUUUAUAGCUGUUUUAGUUGGUUUACUUCAUUUCUAUUAUCAAAUUAAAAAUAACUCUGAUGAUUAAAAUAGAAAUUCUUAGCUAGACUCAUUUGAUGUAUCAUCGAAUCGCCCAUCUAAUACAUCAAACUGA